AUGCGAUCUCCUAAACUCUUUCACGCGCGGCCAUCAUUCUUCACGCGCCGAUCGACCCCUCUGAUCGUCUUCACCUCUAUUGCAAUCGGACUCACCGGUUUCCUUUUCGGACUAUCCGCGAUUCUUUUCCCGGGUCUCCGGUUAUCCGGCCGGACCUGCCUCACGAACUCCCCUCCGAAGACAGUAAGGGUCGUCUGGGACGUCGCUGGAAAUAGAAUCGGUAAUGGCGCUACCGGCGAAGUUAAAAGGCACAAAGUGAUGGGAUUCGUCGGUAUUCAGACCGGAUUCGGGUCAUUUGGUCGGAGACGAGCGCUCAGGAACACAUGGAUGCCGUCAGAUCCAGAUGGACUUCGACGCUUGGAAGAAUCAACAGGAUUGGCAAUCAGGUUUGUUAUAGGCAAAACCAAAGAUGUGGCGAAAAUGGCUGAGCUUAGAAGGGAAAUCGCAGAGUACGAUGACUUUAUACUGCUCGAUAUCGAGGAGGAGUACAGUAAGCUCCCGUACAAAACCUUGGCUUUCUUCAAAGCUGCAUACGCCCUAUAUGAUUCAGAAUUCUAUGUCAAAGCUGAUGAUGAUAUAUAUUUGAGGCCAGAUCGGCUGUCUUUGCUACUGGCUAAAGAGCGGAGUCACUCGCAGACAUACCUUGGAUGCCUGAAAAAGGGUCCAGUUUUCACAGAUCCAAAGCUGAAAUGGUAUGAACCAUUGGCAGAUCUACUGGGGAAAGAGUACUUUCUUCAUGCCUAUGGCCCAAUAUAUGCUCUUUCUGCUGAUGUUGUCACAAGUUUGGUCGCCCUCAAGAACAACAGUUUCAGGAUGUUUAGCAAUGAGGACGUGACCAUAGGUGCGUGGAUGCUGGCAAUGAACGUCAACCACGAGAACCAUCACACCCUUUGCGAACCAGAAUGCUCACCGCACUCCAUUGCUGUUUGGGAUAUCCCAAAAUGCUCAGGUCUUUGUAAUCCAGAGAAAAGGAUGUUGGAACUUCACAAGCUAGAGAGCUGCUCAAAGAGCCCGACUUUGCCAUCGGAUGAUGAGUGA